UUAAUGAUUUCUUCCACCGAUAACCCCGAUAAUAUAUCUACACAGGCAUCAAAAUACAUUUGUGAGCCAUUUCAACGUUUACUGCAUAGUAUUUACACCAUUAUCUCAAGUAAAUAAGGCUCUCAUAAUGUAAUUUACAGGGAAAAUAAUUACAAAUUGAUUGACAGCUCCAACAGGUAAUGGUAUCUUAUCAUUUUCUUCCAUACCUGAAGAAAAUGGAUUUCUAAAUUGUUUAGCCAUAACGUCAUUCUAUUGUGUCAUAUUUAUGUGUUAAGUACACUAGGAAGCUACAGUUGCAUGUGUAUAUCCUGAAGUGUUAUUGAAAAAUAUUUAUGUCUAGAGCAUUGAACCCUGUGUCGAAUUACCUGAAAGGUUUACUGAAAACUAAAACUAGAAGGGAGAGGGGGGAGAAAAUUCCAGGUGCUCACGUAAAUCCAGCAGUUACUGUAGCAUUCGCCACUAUAGGAAAAUUCCCAUGGAAGAAAGUGAUACCUUACAUGUUAUCUCAGUAUUUAGGAGCAUUCUUAUCAGCCGCAAUAUUAUUUCUCGUCUAUAGAGAUGGCAUCGAAGCAUUCGACAAGGGGAUAAGAAGUGUGCCACCGAACAGCAAUGCCACUGCAAAUAUUUUUUCAUGUUUUCCGCAAGAGUACGCUAGUACUUUUACAUGCGUUAUGGAUCAGAUCGUGAGUACAGGGCUACUGCUCGCUGCUGUAUGCUCUACAAUCGAUGAAAGGAACAUGAGUGUCCCAAAAGGAAUGGCUCCAUUGAUGAUUGGUCUCACUUUAUGUGGCAUUAUGAUGGGUUUUGGUUCCAACUGUGGUGCCCCUCUAAAUCCUGCAAGAGAUCUUGGCCCUAGAAUAUUUACUGCCAUGGCUGGAUGGGGAACAGAAGUGUUUUCGUAAGUCAUCACCAUACGUUAAUUUCUAUGA